AUGGCCCCGCUCUUCUCCCCAGGGCGCCAUCGCUGCAGGGCCUGGCGGACACUCAGCUCUCCAAGCUGCUGGACUCCAUGGAGGAGUGCACAUUCGCUCAUGAUGAGGUGAUUGUUCGCGAAGGGGACGAGGGGAAUAACUUCUACAUCAUCCUGAGAGGAGAGGUUCGGGUCAGCAGGCGCGUGCACGGGCGGGAGGAGCAGAUCCGGGUGCUGCGAGCCGGCGAGCACUUCGGGGAGCUGUCGCUGCUGCGCAACAUCCGCCGGACAGCCACCUGCCGGGCGCACGGGGAGGUCGCCUGCAUCACUGUCACCAAGGAAGACUUCCAGGAGAUCUGCCCCUUCUGCCCCACGCCCAGGCAGCUUUCGGAACCGUGA